GACUGACAGUCGUAAUAAAAAAAAAAUAUUGAACACCAUUUGUUUAUGUUCCUUGUUUAAUAUUUUCUGGGAAUUCAGGGUUCCUGUCAACUUGUGUUUGAGGAAUAAUUAGUUUAUAUUCCUUUGAAAUGUUUCUCGUUAUUUAUAGUAUUCGAAUCUUAGUUAGCUUGCAGAGUUUUUAGAAGUUCGUAAUAGUACCUACAAUGUUAUUUUAUAAUUUACUACCUACCGCCUAUUACACAUAAAAUUGUAUGAAAAUAUUUAUUUAUCUCUUAGAUAAUAAUGUAAAUAAGUGGUUUAUGUCAGUAGCUUAAUAUACAAUGGAAGAUUCAUAUUCAAAUCAAUUGAUAUCGUCGGACGAUAGUUGCGACACUGAAAUAAAAAAUAUGAAAAGCCAAUUAACCGAGUUUGGUUUGAGUGAAGAAAAUUUAAGUAAAGAAGAAAUGAGUGAUCUUUUACAAGCAUUAAAAAAUUCCAAGGAAUCUGCUAAUAAUGACGAGAUUGUUGACAAGGUUGAUGAAAAAGAACAUUUUCAGUCACCAAAAAAGGUGAUGAAACGGAGAUAUAUGAAUGUAAGAGACAGGAGAUUGCCAUGGAGUAUUCUUCCUAGUUCUAUCAAUCUGGCUGAGAAGGCUCAAACACUUGCAGUUUAUGUCAAGUUAAUGUCAAUAAAUACAUACCGCCAGGCUAGGCAAUCUAGUAACUUUGUCAGUUGGCCGCCACCUAUACAAAUAGUGGAAGAAACAACUAGAGUACAACCCCUCAGGUCAACAAGAAGUGGCCGGUCUGUCCCUAUGUAUUGUGGCUUUGAUGAUGAUUCUACUGAUUUAGAUUUUGUUAUUAGUAAACCUAAAAAGAGAAAAGUAUCUAACAGUGAAACAAAUAAUAGUGAAGUUAAUGUUAACAAAUCACUGAGUUUAAAAAGAAAACCAUCCAAAGAUGAGAAUGUGAGACCAGCAAAAGAAGCCAAACCAUGUAUACAAAGUAAUGGAAUUAAAAUCAUAUCAUCAGAAACUAAAGUGAAACCUAAAAGAGAUCUGUUUACUCUCAUAGAAGACUGAUUUUUAAAAAUGGUGGACAAAUAAAUAAACAUUUAUUGGAAAGUAAGAAGAACAGAAAAAAAAAUAAAUUUGAUAAUCAUAUAAUUAUUAUAAUUAGGAAAAGGGAUUCUAAAAUACCUUCUUGUUCCUCAUAUCUCUUUGAAAUUAUCAAUAUACAUAAAAUGGUAUAGAUUUAUUUGCUUUUUGGAGCAGCAUAUUCUAGAUAUAUGAACAUUGAAAAUUUUAUGAUUUUUGACUCAAUUUAGGUAUGUUGUUAUACAUUAUUGGCUUCGCCUAGAACUUGACUCCAUUUGACACGCGAUGGAACCGCCAUUUUAAAAUGGCGUGCUGGUGAACUGCGCCAGACGUUUCAAUAGGUGAUAGAUUUUUUAAAAGUUAUACUUUCUUGCUAGAAGGUCAGAUAGAAUUUCCUACAACAAAAUAAAACUAUUUCGAUAUUGAUAGGCAUUUUCACGCACAAACACACCAACUAUGAAAUAUAGGCUGAGAUAGCCUCAGCCUGUUUCAUAGUUGGUGUGUAUUAGCAAGGGUUUAAAAAAAGGGUUUUGAGUUAACUUGUCAUUCAUUAUAGCUGUCGGUAUUUGUUUAACGAAAAAGCUAACUAGCAUCCAUUACAUUACGUUUGUUGUUAGUAAAAGCCGAAUUGGGCUGUGCUUUUCCAGAAUUAAUUCUACGUCUCUGUGGUAUCGAUAAAUGCUGGUCCCGUCAGUGUGCAGUAUAGUAAUAUAGAUAAAGCCGUAACAUAACUUAAUAUCCGUACGGAUAUAAGUCAGAUGAUAGUUUUUCAAGGAAGGAAGGAAUUCAUUACUAUAGCUUACUAGGAAUAUAAUUGUAUGAUGGUCGCAAACUAGUAACUCUGCCUAAACUUUCUAGAUAUAAUGGACCCUAAUGUCACAGAUUACUACUACUAUUACUCUACUAUGCUUUUAUCCGUCCGCUUACUAUCAUUCCCUUAACGAAAUUCAUAAAGCUCAGCAAUUUCUAUAAAAGCAAAAUAUACUAGGGAUAUGAUUAUGUUACGGCCAUAAAUAUCUUCCUGCGAAUAAAAUUGUUUUUAUUUCUAUAUAUUAAUAUUAAUAGAUCUAUGUAUUCGGUUUUAAGUAUGGUUUAGUAUUUACACAAAUCAUUUUAAUGUUUUUACAAAAAUCACUUGUUAAGUUUCAGAGUAAGUACAUAAUGUUUUUUUUUCAAAGA